AUGAUAAAAUGGAAGGAAACAGUGGACGAAUGGGUCAAGUUUAACCAGCCUGGUGAUCUCGAGCCUCCGAGUUUGAUAGAUCUCAGAACAAUCAAUCUAUUCAAUGUAGCUGAUGAGGACUCACCGCAGCAGAAAGCUCUCCACAACAGUAAUCGCCAACAGGUUCCUGAUUUCGGGUAUUCACCGGUUCCUCAGACUCAGAAUGGGUAUUCCGGUUCAAGCAAGAACAGUAACAGUGGCGAGCCAGAGAGGAAACCAAGACCUGUUGCUCCUCCUCCUAGGAGAGAAUCUCCUUCUCCAGCUAAACCAUCUCGUCCUUCUCCUUCUCAACAAAACAUUCAGAGGGACAAGGAGCAUAAAGAAGUUGAUUUCGACACUGCCAGGAAAAGACUACAACAGAACUACAGACAAGCCGAGAACGCGAAAAAGCAAAGGACUAUACAGGUGAUGGACAUUCAUGAGAUCCCUAAACCUAAGAAAGGUGGAUUUUUUCCAAGAAAAGGCGGCACUUCUCAAGGCGACACACAAGGAGAGACGAUUCACGGGUUGCAGGAAAUUUUUACCAAUUACAGUCAAUGUAAAUGCAGUUUCUAUUUAACGGGACAAUCUUGUAAAGUGGGAAAUUAA